AUGCUCGCCAGCGCCCCCCAUGGGCCUCACAUGCUGCGCCCUGCCUGCGACGAUCCCAACAACCGCCAGCCAGCCCGCGCCAUCAGAACAGUGUGUCCCGCGAGUACCGUCGCUUCGAACGUCCCCGUCGCAGUCGUUUCCAGCAUUGCACUGGGAGCCGUGCUUGUGGUGGUCGCAGAUUGCACCGCACAAGCCACCCCUCCUUUCGCCCUCUCUCCACCGCCAUGUCUGAGCCCGACGUCAGCGCACGCCAUUGACGCCGCGACUCUCGUUAUGGUCCUAUUUGCGUGCUCCAUCUGCACGGCUGGCAGUCCGCGGCCGUUUUUCGAUGCCGCGAGCCGACGACCUGUGCCACACCGCACACUGAGGGGCUAA